UUGGCUAUCAAAACAUCCAUGCGAGGUUGUCACAGAACAUGUCCCGAUUACUCUUGAUCUUGAACUUACAGAGAGGACGGGGAAUUCCACUUUGUUCAACAUAUCAACUACAAGACAUUUAGACAUUAACGUUUUGCAGAUUUUGUUCUUGUAUUUAGGUUUGUUGCAAUGUCUGAGAUAGGAUUGUUCUGUACAAAUUAAUGUUGUUAGUGUAGCCAUGUUGGAUUGCGAUUGUGAAUUACAUUUACUGAUUUUUAUGCCAUGUUAUUCUAUGUACUUCUGAGGGUGCCGCAUCCAAGUUUGGACAUGGGCAAUCAACAUGGAGAAUACUUUUUUAUAUAUGAUUCCACUAAUGACCGAAGCUCUAAUGUUGUUUCCAUCGGAUGAGUUGUGGACCACACAAACGACAAGAAGACAAAGAUACUGGAUACACGGGUGUUUAUUUCUUCUAGGAACUAUUUUAGUUAGUGCGGGGAACAUAGACACAUUUUACUUCUUAGAAGAUGGUUAUCACCUCUACACAAUACAUGGAAUAACGGGGUUGAUCUCCAUGAUUUUAUUUAUACUUUCCAUUUUCCUUGGACUUAUGGCAACUUACUCUCAAUAUUUAAAACAUUAUCUGCGUCCUGUUUGGUUCAAAUUGGCUCACAACUUUGUAGGUCUGCUUGGAUAUGUUGUGGGAGUAGUUAGUUUGUGUUAUGCGUAUUAUACAGACUGGUUUGUGUUCUACACAUCUAAAGAAUCUCGACUGAUUGCAUUAAUUGCAACAAUUUUGGGAACGCUGUGGACCAUAAACGGCUCACUCAUGUCAGCUUAUAGUCAAAUUAGAGCGUUACUCAAUUAUUAAAUUGCUGUAACAUUCUAUUUUCGUUUAUUUUAUUAUACUAAUAAUAAUAAUUGGUUAAAAGCUGAAACUGUAACAUUUUCUGAAGAUUAAAUAAACACUUUCCCCAAU